AUGCAGCAGCUGCUGCGUCGACAGGGCUUCGACCCAUUAACAAGCACGAGAAGCGCUGGGUCCAAGGUGUCUGCCUCCAAGAACCUGGACCUGGGCUACCAAAAGUCCAUGCAGGACCCCAAUCAUGCGUACGAGUUCAUGUGCAUCUGCGACCCCACCGUAGAUGAAGACGAGUACGACGAGGAAGAAGAAGAAGAAGAAGAAGGAGAAGGAGGAGACAAGCCUUCCUGUGACGGGGGCAAAACGUGCCCAUGCAACAAGACGGCCGUCUCGCUGCCCUCUCACCCGUACACCAUCACCAGAGCGGGCCACCGCAGGGCAGACAAGGCGCGCAAGGCCGAGGAGUGGCGUGAGAUGUGGGCCCUGGUCGAGUCCAUCGUCCUCUUUAUCGAAGUCGGCGGCGGCGCCGACAUGUGCAUGGCCGACGACGGCGAGAGGGUCCAGGAGCUCGCCGCGUCCAUUGCGCGCCUGGUCCUGACCACCCUCUCCACGCUCGAGAGCCACGACCAGCUCAAGGAGGGCUCCGACAUUAGGAACCUGGGCUGGAUGAUGUCGCUCACGCACGCCAUGUCCGGCACCCUGCGCGAGAUGAACGUCAUGGGUCCCACGGCGCCCUCAAAGGCCAAGGCGUUCAAGUUUAACCCGGACAACUUGGAUCUCUACGUGUGCGCCUUUGCGCACCGUCACAGCAUCACCAUCCCGGGUGUCAGCGAGGAUGAUAUGGCGGAGGCCGCGCACAUGGCGAUGCCAAAGGCCGGGGCCAAGGACCAUUGGGGCUGGACGAGGGGCAGCGCGCGGGUGGCCGGAGGCGACAGGUUCGACAUUACCACGAUGAGCAGCGCGGAGCGCAAGGAAGCCGCCUUUGAUGAGAAGGAUCCCAUUCCCGCGAAGGUCAUGGAGAGUAUAAAGAAGGGUGAGCCGGCGUGUAUAGGAUGA